UGGCCCAUGAGUCAAGGCCCCAUCUCAUCAAUUCUUCGCUAAUUUCUCAAAGCGGAUUGAGACCGGAGUGGGGAUAGAGAGUGAGAGGAGAGAAAAAGAGAGAAAGGGAGAAAGGGAGAAAGAUCCUGAUCUGAGAAGGACGAUGACAGACUGGGGACCAGUGGUGGUAGCGACAGUGUUGUUCGUACUGUUGACGCCAGGGCUGCUGUGUCAGAUCCCGGGGAGAGGGAGAGUGGUGGAGUUCGGGAACAUGAGCACAAGCGGCCUCUCCAUUCUGGUUCACGCCGUUAUCUACUUUGCUCUCGUUACCAUUUUCGUCAUCGCUGUCAGCGUUCACAUCUACUCCGGCUCCGGAUAGUCAAAAACCAUUUGAUUCAGUAUGUAUACAUGUAGCAGCAGCCUCGGCUGCUUGAUUCUGUACUCUCUCCUCCUUUUAAUGUAACUUUCUUUUCUGCAGAUCCAAUUGCCUCUUUUUCUGUUU